AAAAAUGGCUUCGCUGAAAGUUUCCGUUGAAGAUAUUUCUUGUUCUGUGUGCUGUGAAAUCUUCAAGGAUCCUGUGGUGUUAUCCUGCAGUCACAGUUUCUGUAGAGAGUGUCUUCAGCAGUUCUGGAGAACUAAGGGCACUCAGGAGUGUGUUGUCUGCAGGAGAAGAUCCUCUAGAGAUGAUCCUCCAAAUAAUCUUGUGUUAAGAAACUUGUGUGAAUCAUUUCAUCAGGAGAAAAAAGAGAAACGUUCAUCAGGAUCAGAGGAGACGUGCAGUUUACACGGUGAGAAACUCAAGCUCUUCUGUCUGGAGGACAAGCAGCCGGUGUGUUUGGUGUGUGUAACCUCACAGCAACACGACAAUCACAAAUUCAGACCCAUCGGUGAAGUGGUGCCUGCUUACAAGGAGGAGCUUUAUACUGCACUGAAGACCACACACAAAAAGUUUGAACAAAAUGAAGAAAUGAAAGUAGAGUUUGAGAAAACAGUUCAACACAUCACGGCUCAAGCCGAUGACACCGAGCAUCAGAUUAAACAGCAGUUUGAGAAGCUUCAUCAGUUUCUCCGAGAUGAAGAAGAAGCUACAAUCACUGCACUGAGGGAGGAAGAGGAGCAGAAGAAGCAGAUGAUGAAGGAGAAGCUGGAGGAGAUAAACACGCACAAUUCAGCUCUUUCAGACACAAUCAGAGACACGGAGGAGAUGCUGAAAGCCAAUGACGUCUGCUUUCUGAAGGAGUUUGCAGGCUCAAUGGAAAGAGUCCAGAUCUCACAGCCGGAUCCACAGACGCCUUCUGGAGCUUUGAUUCAUGUGUCUCAGUACUUGGGGAACCUGCAGUACAGAGUCUGGAAGAAGAUGCAAGACGUUGUCUACUACACUCCUGUGAUUCUGGACCCAAACACUGCUCAUCCAGACCUGGUUGUGUCUGAUGAUCUGACCAGCGUGAGAGAGACUGACGUCGAACAUUUGUUUCCUGAUAAUCCAGAGAGAUUUGACUGGUUUCCAUUUGUUCUGGGGUCAGAGGGUUUUAGCUCAGGAAAACACCGCUGGGAUGUGGAGGUGAAGGAGAGUCGAUGCUGGAGUGUCGGAGUAACCACAGAGUCAAACCAGAGAAAGGGAAAAGUUUUCUUUAACACUGAUGUCUGGAGUGUGAGGUCCAACUUGAGUGUGUCUACUUCUUUUAAUAUUGAACAGGAUCUUGAGUGUGUGAGAGUGGAGCUGGAUUAUGACAGAGGAACUGUGUGUUUCUCUGAUCCUGUAACAGACACACAUCUACACACAUUCACAACCACCUUCACUGACUCCAUCUUUCCUUUCUUUACUUCUCUUGACCCUCUGAGGAUCCUCCCUGUUAAAGACCAGUGAAUGUUUCAUGUGUAAUUCUGGAUCCUCCUGCUUUCAUCAUGUUUUACCAUGUUAUCCACAUUAAUUCCAUUAAUGUUUAUUACAAAAGUGCUUUUCACAAUGUAGGUUGUGUCAAAGCAGCUUAAUAUAAAUAAAUAAAAUAAAAUAAAAAGCCAUAACAGUAUUUUACAUUGUGGAAGAUUUUAGCAUAUCAGACAGGGAUGAGAGUUGUGUAUAGUGUGUUG